AUGUUUCAAAAUAAUGGAGGCAAUCAACAUCAAAUCAAUUAUCAAAGAAUUGCAACUCGAUUUCACUUAUUCUUUCUUCUCAUUUCGCUUAUUAGUUUUAGUUUCUAUUUAUUAUUAAAGGAAGAUCUUCAACAAAAAACAAUUUAUCAACCAUCGGAAUUUCAAUUUAAAGAACUCGAAAAAAUUUAUUCUUCAAAUCUUUUUUGUCCAUGCUCAACAAUCUCAAUGAGUUAUUCAACUUUUGUUACGAUUGAAUCUUACUUUCAUCAAGUAUGUUCAAGUGAUUUUAUGUUAGAUGCAUGGAUUAAUUAUAUCAAGGGUGAUAACAUGCUGAACGAUUAUUUUCCAAUGUUUGACUAUCGAAAUUCUGGUGUAUUACAAUUUCAGUUAUUGUCAAUGUUAUGUCAACAUGCUCAACAAACAGUUAAAAUUAGUAUCAAAACAUUUCUUCAAACACAAUUUCUUUCUUCACAAGUUAUUUCUAAAAAUCGAUUUGAAACUAAAAUUAAUUCAUCUAUUAAUGAUUGGAAAUCUCAAACCAUCGAUCAAUUCUUACAAACAAUUAAAAUAUUUCAAGCAGUAUCACACGGAAAUCAACUUAUGAGUGAGCAGUUUCAUUAUUAUAUUCAUCAUAUAGACUGGAACGAUACAAAAAUGAAUCUUGAAGUACAAGAAUAUUUCAAUUGUUCAUGUACUCUAUCUCAAUCAUGCCUUAUCCCUAUCGGCCUGUACGAGAUCGAUCCGUAUUUUUGGGAGAUUUUCGGAACAUAUUCCAUAGUCCCAAAUUUUUUUCUGGGUUGUUCCCAAAUCGAAGGAUUGAUGAAAUCAACUUUAGAAUGUUUUUAUAAUCUAUCAUGUAUGAUUGAAUUAGAUCGAUAUUUCGAUAAUUCUCUUGGAUCAUCUUUUAAUUUUUCAAAUUUAAAUGAAAAUCUUAGUCCACCAAAUGAAACAAUCGGAUCAAUUAUCAAUAAACUUAUGAUUGAUUCUUGGACAUCGAAUAUUUUAUUUUCUUCAUAUUAUAAUACAUGUUCUCCACCAUCAUGUACAUAUGAAUAUAUUAGUCGAAAUGAUUUAUUCUUUGCUAUAUCAACAAUUCUUGGUAUUUUUGGUGGUUUAUCUCUUGGAUUAAAAUUACUUAUUUUAAUUAUUCUUCGAUUUAUUGAGAAUACAAUUAAUAAUAAUUCUUUUAAUGGAUUUAUAACAAUGAUAAAGAGAUUAUUUGAUUGUAAUACAGAACAACGUAUUAUUAAUCGACUUCAUUUUGUUUUUCUUUUACUAAUAUUAUGGUUAGUAUUUAUAUUUUUUGCUUUUAAACCAAAAUCAGUUACUGUCCAAAUAAUAAAACCAUCACUUUCAAAUUAUAAAGAUUUCUUAAAAGAUCAUUCUUAUUCUCUUCAAUGUCCUUGUUCACAAGUAUCCAUUCCAUAUGAAACAUUUCUUAAUAUUGAACCUCAUUUUCAUGAUUUAUGUUCAAGUCAAUUUAUUCUUGAUGAAUGGAUUCAUUAUAUCUAUGGUGAAGGUCAUCUUUCUUAUCGAUUUUCAUCCGAUGAUUAUCGUUAUUCAGCUCCUGGACAAUUUCUUUCACUUUCUUCACUUUGUAAACUUAGUCAAGAAAAAGUAAAUCAUACUCUUUCGCAAUUUCUGAAAAGUUACUUUAUUAAUGCUCAGCUUUUAUCUGAAAAUCUUUUAAUUGAAAAAAUUGAAAUAAUUUUAAAACGACUUCAAUCAACAGCAUCCAAUUCAUUUCUUAAUAAUUUUAAUUUAGUUCGUGAAAUAAUUGGUUCGAAUAUGAUUAUGAGUGGAUGGAUCACUAAUUGGGAAUAUGUUCCUGAAAGUACAUUUUCUGAUGGUUUACUUGUACAUACAGCACCUGUAAGUUAUGGUGAGUGUAAUUGUGGAUUAUCAUUUAAAUGCACUCAAUCAUCAGGAGGUAUGAUGAGUGGUUGUUAUCCACUAGAAUCUAUUCUUCAAACAAAACUUUACUGUUUUUAUGAUCAAAAUUGUAUUGAUUCAAAUGGAAAUUUUACAAGAUUAAAUAUAUCAACGUUGAAAAAAAGUCAAUUUGAUUUAAAUUCAACAGUUCAAUUAAUUUUAAAUAAUUUAAUGAUUGAAGAGUAUAAAAGUGAUUUAUCAUAUGAAAAUUAUUUUAAUCAAUGUCGACCAUUAUCAUGUUCAUAUUCUUAUAUUAAAACUCAUGAUGUAACUGAAACAGUAAUAUCUCUCAUUUCUCUUUAUGGUGGAUUAGUUAUUAUAACUCACUGUUUAGCAAUUAUUUUUGUUAAAAUUUAUCAACAUAAAAAAAAUCAAAUUAAUCCCGAAGCUCUUCAACAAAAUAUUUAA